AUGGCAACAACGACAGAAUCAAUCGCCGUGGAACCCUAUCUGCAGGCGUCCAAUUACGGCGAUGACCCUGAUUCCGCCUACGGUGACGAAGUAGGAAGUUACACAACAUCACUGGCGUCCAACAUCACAGACUACAAAAUCGAAAACAAUCGGAGAUACCAUGCCUACAAAGAAGGCAGCUACCUUUACCCCAACGAUGAGAAAGAGAGUGACCGCUUAGACAUCAUGCACAAGUUGACAGAGGUCAGCCUGGGAGGAAAGCUAAACCUGGCUCCUGUGCCCUCCAACCUUCAGCGUAUACUCGACAUUGGCACGGGGACGGGAAUAUGGGCAAUGGAGAUGGGAGACAAAUACCCGAAUGCUGAGAUAUUGGGCAAUGACCUAAGUGCAAUUCAACCGCGAUGGGUACCGCCCAAUGUACGCUUUGAGAUCGAUGACGUGGAGGCAAAUUGGACAUAUCAUCAGACAUUCGACUACAUCCACUGCCGCUUCAUGGGCAAUGCUAUUCGCAACUGGCCUCGGUUGGUCCGUCAAUGCUUUGAGCAUACCAAACCAGGCGGCUGGGUCGAAUGCAUCGAUCUCGACCUGGAAUGGAACUCUCCAGACGGUUCUCUCACCCCCGACCUCGCUUCUAAACACUUCAAUACCACCUUCCUUGCGGCUUCACGAGAAGGCGGCAUGGAGCCUUGCCCUGGACCUCUUCUCGAAGGCUGGUUGAGAGACGCUGGUUUCAAGGAUGUUGCGGCUGAGAGGCAUGUUUGGCCUGUGGGAACCUGGCCUGCUGACAGAUAUCUGAAAGAAGUUGGCGCCUGGAACUACCUCCAGAUCAUGGAAGGUCUCGAAGCUUUCACUUACGCUCUUUUCACGCGUGUUCUGGGCUACUCGCAGCAAGAGGUCGAUGUUGUAUGUGCGAAGAUCAGGAAAGAAAUGAAAAAUCCUAAGAUGCACGCAUACUUCUAUCUACACGUCGCCUAUGGCAAGAAGCCCGAGGACAAGUAA